CCGAACAUAAAGACCUGACCAUGAUGGGCUACAGAUACAGAGUUGGAGGACGAAGGGGGAAACUGUUGGAAUAGUAUUCCUGAGCCUGAACCAGGAGACCAGCUGGAGGCGUCAAAAAAAUCAGGACAAAGAACAGAAGCAGGCCAAUCCACCAUGUCAGAGCCCAUCAGAAGAAGAAACUCCAGCAGACAGCUGCUGCAAAACCUCAUCCAGGUGACGUUCCAGCGGAGCCUAGAGGAUGCUGAGGAGGUGGAGCGAGAGCGCAGGAGGAGAACUAGGGAGAGGCAGAGAGACCAAGUGACGUCUCUGUCAAUGCCUCAGCAGGAAAAUAAACCAACAUUUUCAGGAGUGUCGGAUGAAGAAGUGAAGCCUAGUUGCUGCUUUGUUCAAGAGGAGGAUGAGGGUUUCAGUGACUGGAGCCACAGGUUGGAGAAGCGUAAUGUUCUUCGGGACUUCAGGGUCAAGGCACAAGAACCUUCAUCAUUUCAGUGGGAAGCAGGCAUCAAUAAAGAGAAACAACAGAAUGAUGAAGAGCAGGAGGAAUGGCAGCCAAAACAGAGAGCUCAUGGGCUGCAGUCCACCAGAAGCCCUCCACUGAGCAAAAGAGAAGUGUUUCUGACAAAUGAUCCAAGACAACAGCAGGCCAGCGACCCUCCGACAGACACAAUGCCCUACUUAACGACUGGAAGGAUGAGUGACGAGGUGUGCAAGGUGAAGCAAGACCAAGAAGAGGUGCAUCAGAUUUUGCAGAACAAGUGGAGAUCUGGCGCUAGCGCUAACAAACUAACAUACGAAGUUGAUCAAGAAGAGGAUCUCAACUUCACACAUGAAGGGAUGAAGGAAAGGCUUGCAGAGUUUGAGAGAAACCAAAAGCUGACAGAAAAGAGGUCAAAGGAAGAAGAACACAGAAGUGAUGACGAUAAAAGCAGGCCGUCCGGCCUUUCUGUUUACAGCAAUGAAGAAGAUGAGACAUUAAACUGCUAUGGAGCCAUGAGCCCAACAUUCAAGAAACUCCUCAUUCAGUUUUACCCAGAUGAGGCGAAGAGCAGAAUACCAGCAGAUGGUAAAUGUGUGAUCACUGAGCGAACCGAAUCUCUGCGAAAGAGUUCCAACAUCAAAAAGAAGAUUCCACAACCUCUUUGUGUUUCCAAGAUUGACAAGAAACUCCAGCAGUAUACACAUGCUCUUGAGGUUUCCACAAAGGAAUGCAAACCAGCUAGUCCAGUCCUUGUGGAUGUGAUAAGUCCCAUUGCACAAAAAAAGAAUCUUUUUGAGGCUGGAGUGGCAUGGAACCAAAACACUCUCUCAAACACACCACCAAAGGAAAUAAAACCCGGUGAUGUUUUAAACAAGAAAAAUGUGUGGGAAAACUUCAGCGAAAUUGUUUCUCCCACUUCUUCUGUGAGGAAUAGCAAGGUAGGUGUUUUUUGUGUUGAUGUAUUUGUAAACUCCCCAACUUCCUAAAAACAAUGAAAAGAAACUAUGAUGUACAAAUGAAGGUCAUGUCAAUAUCAAAAUAAGAAUCUUGAUUAUUAUACUAAAUAUUUUUCACGGCGUCACUGACGUAGGUAGGCUAUGCAUGGAUUUCAGCAGAUGUCCUUUGGGGACAAAAAUGUCGCAUAUGUAUUUAAAUAGGGCGCCACUGGUUAGCACGUUCGCCUCACAGUUCGGAGGAUGCGGGUUCGAUUCCAACUCCGGCCCUGCCUGUGUGGAGUUUGCAUGUUCUCCCUGUGAUGGAUUUUCUCCGGGCAUUCC